UCAGUCCGACCUGGCAACCCGCUGAGGAGCGACACUCCCGUCCAGAGAGGAGUGUAUGUCCGGGAUCUGUGUCCGGUCGGUGUGUGUGAGUGUGUGAGUGUGUGUGUAUGUGGCCGGUGUGUCCGCGGUGUGUGUGUCCGGUGUGUGUGUCAGUCCCUCAGAUAUCGAGGCUGAGCCGUGAAAAGCCGCAGAGAGCUCCUGCUUCAGCUUGUCCGCCAUGAGGGGGAGAAGCCAGGAGGAGUAGCCCCGGUGUGUCGUCCGAGUGUCCCCCCAGGUCCCGGUCCCGGUGCUGGUCCCGGUCCCGGUGUCAUCAUGCGUUUCAACGAGAAGGAGCUGAUGUCUCUGAGCAGACAGCCGUCAGAGAGAGCGGCUGAGCUGGGCAUGAGGGGACCCAAGAAGGGAGACGUUGUCAAGAAGCGGCUGGUGAAGCUGGUCGUUAACUUCCUGUUUUAUUUCCGGACUGAUGAGGAGGAGCCGAUGGGGGCGCUGCUGCUGGAGCAGUGCCGGGUGGAGCGGGAGGACGGCCACACCUUCUCCAUCACGUUCCUGGACGAGGCGGAGAGGAAGUACCUGUUUGAGUGUGACUCUGAGGAGCAGUGUGGGGAGUGGAUGGACUCCAUCAUCAAGGCCAGUUAUGAGUUCAUGAGGAAGAACCUGAUCUUCUAUCGCAGUGAGAUCCACCGGCUGACGGGGAAGGAUCCUCUGGAACAGUACGGAAUAUCAGACGAGGCUCGGUUCCAGGUCAGCAGCAGCCUGCAGCGGACGUCUGGAGACACCUCGUCUCUGUAGGACCCCACAGGGCCCUGGAGGACCCCAGAGGACCCCGCAGGACUUUGGAGGACCUUUGAGGACUCCUGGUCCCUGGAGGACCCUGCAGGAUCCUGGCGGACCUUGUUGGAGCCUGUAGGACCCCUGGUUCCCCUACAGGAGCUCUGGUCCCCCCUAUAUGAGCACAGGUCCCGUUGUAUGUCCCCUGGUCCCCCUGUAGGACCCCAUGUCUCUGUAGAACUCCAGGUCCCUGUAGGCCAGGAGACUGUUUGGUGUCAGUCUCUGUGGUGUCCUUGGUUCUUGGUCUCUCCAGCUCGUUUCGAUCUCCACUGCUCUCUGAUGAGUUUCAUCCAGAUGUUUGGAGAUCAGAGAUUCCUCACUGUCCCUCAGGUCAAAAGUCCCGUUGUGGUUUUAGGGCCUUUGAAGCCAUCUUCAGCCUUUAGUCUCAGCUCUUUGUUCUUUUUGACAUUCUGACCAUGAGGAAAUGUAGAUUUUCAGCCUGACAGGACAGUGAGGACCGGGUCAGGCUGUGGACCUGGACCCAGACUGGGUGACCUCAGUGAUGUGACCCUGCUUGGGGUCCACCCUGCAGAUGUCCUAAGGCCAGUGAGAGAUUUCCUCUUUGAUCACGUUGAGCCCUUUACUGCUGACUGGAGCCAAACACUUCGCUAAAUGAAAAGACCAUUUCUAAGAGAGUUUAGUUUUAAAAGCUGUAGUUUUGCACAUCGCUCUGUUCUGUUCGAGUUCUAGUUACUGACUUGAAGCUGCUGUACUUCUUUUGUGGCACUUUGAACCAUUUUCACUCAGUCGAGCUGUUGGACCGGCGGGAAGUUUAGUCGACUUCAGACACGUCCGAAAAAUCAGAAUACCGCAAGAAAUACAGUCAAAUCUUUAUUUAUUUCAAAUCAUCACAUAUUUCAACCCUUUUCUUGUUUUAUUUUUACUGAUUUUAGCUCAUAAAUCAUUAAUAUCAAACACCGUUUCAAGAUGUAAACACAAUUCAAAUAAAUUUCCCAUCAGUGCAGAAAUAGCUGUUGUUAAAUGUACAUUCCAGUUCUGUCUUCAGCCGUACCUGAAUGUUUAGCUUCAUUUCCUUCCUGCAUCUUGCAGAGUGUUUUUAAACGUGUGUGUAACGACUGAGGAGUGAACCCACAGAGCACGCUGAAUGUUUUUACUCCAUUUUCACCUCCACUUGUUUCACUGGCGUCUUUUUUUAAACCAUUAAAAUCAUCUGAAAGUGA